AUGGAUUCUAAGAGAAAAAAGUUCACAGUUGAUGAUGAUGAUGAUGUAGUAGUAGUUGAUCGUAUAUCUGAGUUGCCAGAAGACGUUUUGCAACACAUUCUAUCCUUCCUUCCUACCAAACAAGUAUUUCAAUCUACUCUUUUGUCUACACGAUGGAAACAUGUGUGGACUACAUUCCCCAUUCUAAACUUCGAUAAAACCUCCAUGUUGUGGAGUUCAGAAAAGAAGAAUGAUCCGGAAGUCAAGAUAAAGAGACGUAACUUUUACAAGUUCUUGAAUAAAUGUUUACGAUUACGAAGCCGCCAAAGUCAGAGACCACAUAUAAAGAAUUUUACAUUAGAGGUUAGCGUGCAGAAUCACAAAUCCAAGUCUCGUGUUGACCGCUGGAUAAGUCAUGAUUCAUAUUCUGGUAAUACUGCAAUAUCUUUUUCGUUGAAUGCUUCGGGUCUGUUAGAUGCUGAGUACACAAUGUGGAGUUCCUAUGGUCCUUGGGACGCUGCAAAGAUUGAAUUCCUCUCAAAGAUGGGAAAAUCAAAAGUAUUCAAAUUGAGUAUUAUUGUAAUUCAGGAUGUGAUUAUACCAAAAGAAUUGAGUGAAACCUUACCAUCACCAUUAUAUAAUGUCAAACAUUUAAAGUUAUCAAUACCUCCGCCACUUACAAGAUACAAAAUCAAGGAACUACUAGAUGGUUUGCUUUGGAUUUCUCCUCUUCCAGACAUGUUAGUAAUUGAAUCACGCAGGGAGUCAGAUCCUGAUUUUAACAAAGUAGCCUUUGAGUUCUCAUAUCGAAAGCCUAUUUAUAAAGAGGAGAAUCCUAGUUGUGGCAAGUUCCUACCUUUUCCAUGUUGGCGACAUUGCUUGAAGACUGUCAAGAUUGAAAGCCUUAAAGGACAUGUAGAUAGAGAGAUUUUGUACAAGUAUUUUUCUGGAAAUGCAAAAACUUUGGAGAACUUCCAGUUUCAUGUUGGUGGCAUUGCUUGA